AUGUCCGGCCUCGAAGCCAUCGCGGCCCUCGGGCUCGCGUGCAAUAUUCUCCAGUUGAUCGGUACCGUCGGCAGCACCAUUACAGUCGCAAGAAACAUUCUCGAAACUGGCGAGAUCGAUCCUGAUCUGGAGAAACACACCAACGAGUUGACAAGCCUUUUUCAAGACGCCGAGGGGUCUCUGAGUCAAACGUCACAGCACAAAGGCGAUAAGGAACUUCGAGCCGCAGCAGGCCAGGUUCUGAAAGCGACUAGGGAGUUCGGGUCCGAACUGGUGAAAAUAUCAGGCGGCGCAUCGAAGGGCAAGAUCCGACAAGUCAUCGGGGGCACCGUCAAGGGUCUCUGGAGACGGAAGAAGCUCGACGAGUUGGAAGCAGAAAUAUCGAGAUGUAGAGGCAUGUUUGAAUCGCGAUUGUUACUCAGCCUCCGCCAUCGCAUCGAUCUGGGUGCUCUACAACAAAAAGAGAGCUUCGGUCAACUUGACAACUCUCUGAAGAGCUUCAUCAAGGGCCUAUCAGAUGGCCACACCAAGCUCGAGGAACUCAUGAAAUAUCAAUCGACUACUCUCAUAGACCACGUUACAGAAGAGUCUCGACAAACGCGCCAGGAGAUUUCCGCAGCGAUAGAACCUGUGGUUCAGAAGAUGAAUCAUGAGGAAAAGCAGCGAUUCCUCGGGAGUCUUCGGUACGAUACUAUGAAUGAGCGGCGCAAUCGGGUCGAAGCUGCCCAUCCCGGAACGUACAAGUGGAUCUUCUACGACAGCGAAGCUCCCAAUGUAGACGACGGGGACGACGGGGACGAAGAUGGAGAUUGCGACACCAGAUAUGUCCCAAAAGACGGCAUUCCCGACUUCAUCAAAUCUGCCAGCGAGAAGAUAUAUUGGAUCAGCGGAAAGCCCGGUUCAGGGAAAAGCACCUUGAUGAAAUUCAUGCUUGAAAACUCCCGAAUGGCAGAUCUCCUCAACAAAACAUCUCCAACUGGUGCGAGCAAGAUCGCUUCACACUUCAUCUGGGCUGCUGGCGCCCCAAUUCAGAGAAGCCUCAGAGGCACCUUGUCCUCUCUUCUGUUCCAGCUUGUUACCCAGGACGAGGGAGCACUGGAUAAUCUCUUAUCGAAAUGUCCCAACAAUCCUCAGCGUCUAUCUCUAGGCGACUGGUCCGACCAGCAACUAGCUGAAGCACUCAAAAUUGUUUGCAGCAGUUCACGAAGCGUCAUUUGCUUGUUCAUCGAUGGCCUGGACGAAAUCGACUCAGACGACACAGACAAAGUUCUUGCUAUCAUCGAUGAUCUUUGCACAUUGACUCACGUCAAGUGCAUUGUGUCAAGCCGCCCGGAACAGAUCUUUUCUCGCCAUUUCCGCAAGCUGGAAACACCCUCCUUACGCAUGCAAGACUUGACGGCACGGGAUAUUCGACUUUACGUGCGAGGAAAACUUCGCUCUUGGUCUCAUAGCCCUGACAGGUAUCACGACGUCGUGAAAACCUUAUGCGAGAAAGCAGACGGGGUAUUCCUAUGGGUUGCGCUAGCGCUCAAAAGCCAGCGACUCAGUGCGGAAUACGAAGACGACCCCGAGAUUGUGGCCCGUCGCUUCAAGCAGCUACCAAACGGGUUGUCUGAGCUCUACAGCGAUAUGUGGGAUCGCUUGAACGAUGACAAGUUCAUCUACGGCGAAGAAGGAGCGAAGUAUUUGAACACGUACUUAACGGCUACGCAUGGGGUCCUCGACAUGGAUGUUUCGACGAUGGCAUUUGCAACACAUCCUGCACUUAUCAUGGGAUCGUCAAAACCACCAACCCCACCAAUUCUCGAGCACAUGGAGCGGACGCUGGAGAAGACUGCUGUUUGGCUUGAAGUCCGAACAGCAGGCUUGAUCGAAGUCAACCCCAAGUCUGAGACAGUCGAGCUCGAUGCUUCGCCCGAACACUGCAUAUUGUUCCAGGUUUCCUGGAACCGCCGGCCGAAUCACCUCUUCGAGCAUAAUCUGGAGUUCAACGUUUUCAUUGAGCUGCCCUUGAAGAUGCUUUGGGAGGCAUACAACUGGAUAAAAGAUGAACUGUCCACGUCAUUUCUGGAUGUCGUGGGUUCUAGAGAAGACCUCAUGUCUGCGAUGCCUGAGUUGAAGCCUAGGUUGAUUUUCAUACAGUGCUGGGACCCACCAUCAAAGUCACUUGAGUUCCUCGACUUAUAUCCCGAGAAAUACUUUUCCCUCAAGACUGAAGAGGACAAAAGGUUUGUGACAACUGCCGUUAUGCAGGAGUUGGUGAUGGCCCAGGAGGUGCAGACCUGGCAAGAGGAGAGUAGCGCGCUACCCGCAUUCUGUAAUAGCAGGAUCGCAGACAAUUGCUUCGAGACAAUCAGCACAAGUCAAUUCGAGGAUAUCCUGAUCGAAAGAGGCCAUGCUUUCAGGCCUUCGCAAGAGAACCCAUGGCCACCUGCAAUGUUCGAAGGCAUGGCAGGGCCAGGUGUUGGGGAAAACUCGGGGACUGAAGACUACCCAUCAACGCCGGCAACAAAGAAUGGCUACAAUGCCCAAGUUUAUACAUGGAACAUGGGUGGCGAGGAAUUCAAAGGUGUCAUCGAGGGAGAUGGUCUGCGAGUUGUGAGAUGA